CGUCGUCGAAAGAAAAAAUUUGUAAGAAACUGACGAGAAGCGAGACGAUGUACAACAAAGCACUGUCCGGUCUGAUCGUGUGCUGCACACUUCUCUCUGCUGCCGAGAGUCAAGUGGUUAUCACCGACGCUGCACCGACGGAAUUUCCAAACAUUGUCAAGUUAAUGUUUAAUGAUCAGACUGUUCUAAAAACAGCGCCAGGUGUGUUUGUCAGCGCAAAAUAUAUCCUUACAUCGCUCACCUUAGUCACUGAACUAACCAAGGAUUCAUUCCAAGUCACCGACCAGUUGGACUUUGUUUACCCCGUGGGAGCUUAUAAAGCUGCUGAAGCUAAUAACCCUAUCUCUUACUUAAAGGUUUGCACAGCGUUCAAAGGCACUCCUAUGAACAUGAGCGAAUCCAGUUUUGACGCGUUGGCCACGAAUGUUAGCGCUCAAAUGUUGUUUUUUCCCACAACCUCUAACACCCUGAAAAAGGUGAGCGUCACUAUUCUAGAUAACACUACGUGCGUAACGCAAACAGCAGAAAUUGGCUGUGAUGCCGCCAAGUGCCUCUGCGUGACACCAGAUGCCAUCACGAACUUUUGCCUGGAUACGUUUAAAGAUGCAGACGCGAGUAACAUUACAUAUUCAGCGGUAGCAAUUGGGGGCCAAGUCAACGGCCUUCAUUACUAUCCCAAUUGCGAUGGAAACGAUUUGAGUUCAUCUUUACCGAUUUUCUUGCUACACAAAAUCAGCUACUAUCGUCAAUACAUAAUUGAUCUGAUCCCAACUGUGGACAUCGUUUGAUUUGUUUCGAUUUUUACCAAUUCUUCGUAGCUGUUUAUUCAACAGUAUCAAAACGAGAAUUUGAUUUCAAGUGUGCGCUUUGUCAGUGUGAAAAUAAAUCGUGUUGCAAUUUU